AUGGGCUUUUCAGAAUCCGAAAUCUGCAGAAUCAGAAUCAAAUGGUAGUAUGCGAGGGCGGUCUUCGUACAAAAAAUCCGAACUCAGAAAAUCGCCGGUCACACGAAGCUGAAUUAAGCUUGAAGUAACACGCUUCGACAGCAAACCCUUGCUCUGCAGAGUUGAUUAAUUCGUCAAAUUCAUUGGUCGGUGUUGGGAUAUUCUGUAGGGUUGGAACGAAGAAGCCUGAUUGAGAUUACACAAUGGGGAAGAAACAGCACAGCAAGGACCGAAUGUUCAUCACUAAGACGGAGUGGGCCACCGAAUGGGGUGGCGCCAAAGCCAAAUCCACCUCCACUCCAUUCAAACGCCUCCCUUUCUAUUGCUGCGCGCUCACCUUUACGCCUUUCGAUGAUCCUGUUUGCACUGCUGAUGGCAGUGUCUUCGAAAUCAUGCGUAUAAUUCCAUAUAUUAGAAAGUUCGGGAAAAAUCCAGUCACAGGGGCUCCCUUGAAGCAGGAGGAUCUUAUCCCACUAAUAUUUCACAAGAACUCUGAAGGAGAGUUUCAUUGCCCAGUGUUGAACAAAGUUUUUACUGAAUUUACGCACAUAGUUGCUGUGAAGACUACAGGAAACGUGUUUUGCUAUGAGGCAAUUAAAGAACUAAACAUCAAAACAAAGAACUGGAAGGAGCUUCUCACUGAUGAACCAUUUGCUAGAGGGGACCUUAUAACUAUUCAGAAUCCUACUGCAAUUGAUGGGAAAACUCUCUUGGAUUUUGAUCAUGUGAAAAAUAGCUUAACACUUGAUGAUGAAGAGUUAAAGAAAAUGAGUUCAGAUCCAUCCUAUAACAUAAAUGUCAGUGGAGACAUCAAGCAGAUGUUGAAGGAGCUUGGUACAGAGAAAGCAAAGCAAACUGCACUGCUAGGAGGAGGUGGCAGCAAGGCACAGAAUGAAAGGGCCGCAGCACUUACUGCCAUUUUGGCUGCGAGGUCACGUAUAAAAGAAGAUUCUGACAAAAAAUCAAAUGGAGAGGGUAAAGCCCCUCAGGCUUACAGCAUAGUAGAUGCUGCAUCUGCUUCUGUACAUGGGAGAAGUGCCGCUGCAGCAAAAGCUGGAUCAAGUGAUAAAACUGCUGCUCGAAUUGCUAUGCACAAGGCUGGUGAGAGGACACCAUUGAAUGCUAAGCUGGUCAAGAGUACAUUCACUACUGGCGCUGCUUCGAGAUCCUUCACUUCUACCUCUUUUGAUCCUGUGACUAAAAAUGAAUAUGAAUAUGUCAAAGUUGAGAAGAACCCCAAGAAAAAAGGAUAUUUGCAACUGCAUACAACUCAUGGUGAUUUAAACAUUGAGCUGCACUGUGAUAUAACUCCGAGGACAUGUGAGAACUUCCUCACUCUCUGUGAACGUGGAUAUUAUAAUGGAGUAGCUUUCCAUAGAAACAUCCGAAAUUUUAUGAUUCAAGGGGGUGAUCCUACUGGUACUGGGAGAGGAGGUGAAUCUAUUUGGGGACAGCCAUUUAAAGAUGAAGUCAACUCCAAGUUGCUUCACUCUGGAAGGGGUGUUCUUAGUAUGGCAAACAGUGGUCCCCACACAAAUGGUUCCCAGUUUUUUAUCCUGUACAAGUCUGCGAAUCAUUUGAACUUCAAGCAUACUGUUUUCGGUGGAGUUGUAGGUGGGUUGACAACUCUUGCAGCAAUGGAAAAGGUGCCUGUUGAUGACGAUGAUCGACCUUUGGAGGAAAUUAAGAUAACAGGUGUCAAUGUUUUUGUAAAUCCUUAUUCUGAACCUGAUGAGGAAGAAGAAAAAGAAGCAGCUGAAAAUGAGAAGAAAGCUGAGGAUGAAGACAAUGACAAGAUUGGGUCAUGGUAUAGCAACCCGGGCACUGGAACCAUGGGAUCAGGAGCAGUUGGUGGUGGUGUUGCAAAGUAUCUGAAAGCAAGGACUGCUCAAGCUGAAUCUGCCGUUGUUGACAAUGGUUCAGCAGCCGCGGUGACAAAGAAGAGGAAGAUGGGAACUUCUACUGCAGAAUUCAAAGAUUUCUCUUCGUGGUAAUUGGUAAAUAAUCCCCAAAACUUGUACCAUAGGUAGUAUCUAAAAUAAUGAUUUGAAAUCUGGAGAUGUGGGUCUGCCUAAGCCAGUGUCAUUAUAUAUUCUUUUUCAAUCUGUUCUAGUUUUCAAAUUUAUAUAUGUACAAUGACAUGUAUUCCUUAAAAUGGCCGUCGUUGUAAUAACAUUCAAAUUUUGUCCAGUUAGUCAUCAUCUCUAACUCUAUUCCCAA